AUGGAACCACUUCUAGAGGAGACAGUCGACAAAGCGCUCUCCCUGAUACGAGAUGAACCUUGUCUACCACACCCAUUGGGGAAACUAUUAUCGUCUUUCAUUACGCAAGCCGUUGAUCCUCCACUCGCAGCUGCUCAUGUCCUCAGUUACUGUCAUUCGGGCCAACACCGCGAGGCUGAGCUUCGUGCCCUUGUUUCAGAUUGGACGUUCAUCAUAGAGUCUAUCACAAAACACGGGACUACACCACCUGCUCCUGACAGCAGGGCCCAAACUCGAAUUCUCAAAAGAGAUGGCAACCGAUGCUGCAUCACGGGUAAGCCAGCAAGUUUGAGCGACCCUCUGGUAGUGAUGCCUGUUGUUCUCGCCCCAUCCCGCUGGCUUGAAGCCGAGCCGCGAGUUCUUGCAAUGCUCCGCGCCUUCUUCAGCCCCCCUUACCUCAAUUGGUAG